GGGGCGGCUGGUGCUGGUGCGCGCGGGGCCGGUGUCGGGCUGCGGAGGGGGCGCGUACCAUGAGUUUUCUAGGAAACCUUUUCGUUCCUGUUUGUGAGAUUGAUGUUGUACUUAAUGAUGCUGAAACACGAAAACCAGCAGAAAUCAAAACAGAAGAUGGUAAAGUAGAAAAACAUUUUCUCUUCUACGAUGGAGAGUCUGUUUCAGGAAAGGUGAACGUCUCGCUUAAACAUGGGAAGAGACUAGAGCACCAAGGAAUUAGAAUUGAAUUUGUAGGACAAAUUGAACUCUUCAAUGACAAAAGCAAUACCCAUGAAUUUGUAAACUUAGUGAAAGAACUGGCCUUACCUGGAGAACUGACCCAAAGCAGAAACUAUGACUUUGAAUUCAUGCAGGUUGAAAAGCCAUAUGAAUCCUAUAUUGGUGCCAACGUCAGACUGAGGUAUUUUCUAAAAGUGACAAUCGUGAGACGGCUGUCAGACUUGGUGAAGGAAUAUGAUCUGAUUGUUCACCAGCUUGCUACGUACCCAGAUGUGAACAACUCCAUCAAGAUGGAAGUAGGCAUUGAAGACUGUCUCCAUAUAGAGUUUGAAUACAAUAAGUCAAAGUAUCACUUAAAGGAUGUGAUUGUUGGAAAAAUUUAUUUCCUCUUAGUGAGAAUAAAAAUUCAGCACAUGGAGUUGCAGCUGAUCAAAAAGGAAAUUACUGGAAUUGGACCCAGUACCACAACAGAGACUGAAACCAUUGCAAAGUAUGAAAUAAUGGAUGGUGCACCAGUUAAAGGUGAAUCAAUUCCUAUAAGACUGUUCUUAGCAGGCUACGACCCAACUCCAACAAUGAGGGAUGUGAACAAAAAAUUUUCAGUGAGGUACUUCUUAAAUCUGGUGCUUGUGGAUGAAGAAGACAGACGAUACUUCAAACAGCAGGAAAUAAUUUUAUGGAGAAAAGCUCCCGAGAAGCUGAGGAAACAACGGACAAACUUCCACCAGCGAUUUGAAUCUCCAGAGUCACAAGCAUCUGCUGAGCAACCCGAAAUGUGAACUGGUCUAAGGUGAAAAACUUUGCAGUGCUUCAGCAGGUUAAAGAUGGCAAGCAGCCUGUGGGGAAAGAAGGCCAGAAUUCCCAUUACAACUGUCUUCCUUCAUCUUGCAGCGCUGCGUUUACCAUACUACUAAAGCGUUCUUCAG